AUGAGAAUGCACGACAGUAAUAGUCGACCCAAAUUGCACAGUCACAUAUGGAAAAGUGAACCAGAAGGGGUUUCCCUGAUUGAAGAUGAAGCAGUUGACAAAGAAAAAUCGGGUGGCCUCAUCAAAAAAUCUGCGUCCUUUAAAGAACUUCUACAGGAGAAAUGUAAAGCCAUGGGAAAAAGUAUAUCAGCGAGCAGUAUGGGCACAUUCAAAAACCGCGAUCAUAAACGCAAGCCUUCUCAUUCAAAUGCUAGUUCAUCAACGAGUCUUGUUUCCGAUGCGAGCGGGCUGACGAGUGACCAUUUCUAUGAUCACCCGAGCUCUCUCAAAGUAUCGCUCACACCUGAUCAAAGUUCGGUAGAAUCCCAGGAGAACUAUACCUGGAGGAGUCCUAGAGAUUUAGCUAGUUGUAAUAGUAGGCCCAGGACAAAUAGUAAAUUUGCCGUUUUGCAUGGAUCCUCAUAUGCACGCAAUAAAAGCUCAUUCCAUGAUGGCGUCGACACGAAUGACAAAUCUGAUAGCGAUGAAACUCAUUCUAAUAAUUUCUCGUUUACGGAAGCUUACCGGGAACGCGGUUUAGAAGAACAACAGAAAUACAUUCCGAAAGAACCUUGGGAAAGUUUGACAUUUGUUACUUAUCCGAAAAAGUUACUGGGGUAG